AUGACAGGGACAGGGAUGUGGAGCCUCGAGCCCAUGACAGGGACAGGGAUGUGGAGCCUCGAGCCCAUGACAGGGACAGGGAUGUGGAGCCUCGAGCCCAUGACAGGGACAGGGAUGUGGAGCCUCGAGCCCAUGACAGAGACACGGAUGUGGAGCCUCGAGCCCAUGACAGGGACAGGGAUGCGGAGCCUGGAGCCCCAUGACAGGGACAGGGAUGUGGAGCCUGGAGCCCAUGACAGGGACAGGGAUGUGGAGCCUGGAGCCCAUGACAGGGACAGGGAUGUGGAGCCUGGAGCCCAUGACAGGGACAGGGAUGUGGAGCCUGGAGCCCAUGACAGGGACAGGGAUGUGGAGCCUGGAGCCCAUGACAGGGACAGGGAUGUGGAGCCUGGAGCCCAUGACAGGGACAGGGAUGUGGAGCCUGGAGCCCAUGACAGGGACAGGGAUGUGGAGCCUGGAGCCCAUGACAGGGACAGGGAUGUGGAGCCUCGAGCCCAUGACAGGGACAGGGAUGUGGAGCCUGGAGCCCAUGACAGGGACAGGGAUGUGGAGCCUCGAGCCCAUGACAGGGACAGGGAUGUGGAGCCUGGAGCCCAUGACAGGGACAGGGAUGCGGAGCCUCGAGCCCAUGACAGGGACAGGGAUGUGGAGCCUGGAGCCCAUGACAGGGACAGGGAUGCGGAGCCUCGAGCCCAUGACAGGGACAGGGAUGUGGAGCCUCGAGCCCAUGACAGGGACAGGGAUGCGGAGCCUCGAGCCCAUGACAAGGACAGGGAUGCGGAGCCUCGAGCCCAUGACAGGGACAGGGAUGUGGAGCCUCGAGCCCAUGACAGGGAUGUGGAUGUGGAGGCUGCGACCCGUACUUACUUCCGCACUAAGACAACAAACAAGUGA